AUGCGAGUCCGGAGAAAGAAACUUAGGGGACAAGGAGGGGAAAUUACGGUUGCAACUCCGCAGAAUAUUGACAAGGUGAAAGCUGAGAUAAGGAAGAAGAUUUCAUCUGGCGAAUAUACUGUUGGGCAACAAAUUGCACCAAGAAAGGUCAGUGCCAAACAGUAUUAUUUUACUUCAUUGCUAUGAUAGACAGGGCCGAGAUUGAUAGACAGGAUAAAAAAUAAUGCAAUAAUCAGAUGUACUGUAGAUUUCUCUAGGGUCUGAUCUAUUUACAGGGUCUGUAUUGUAAGUAAUUUGUUAAUCAUUAAUCUUGAAGCAAACAUUCCAUUCCAUUUUCAUCUCGAUUUUAGUAUGAAAAGAUGGCAUUAAAUGAAAAUGGAGAGAUAGUUAGAUCUGAGUUUGUUGUGGAAGGACGAAAGCAGCCUUUGGUCGAGAUUAGAGAACGAACAUUGAAAAGCCAGGAGAAGUACAUGCGACAACGAUGUGAUGACGAGUACGAUAAAAUGACAAGUGAAAGUUUGAUAACGUGUCUCAAAGCAAUAAACGAGUACCAUGAAGACGAAAAUGUGCAGUCGAUGCGGGAUAGGCUAAAAGAUAUUGAGAGAACAAGGCAUCUGAAAGUUUGGCAUGAUCUAUCAACGAUUGCUAACCACGGCCAUUUGGUUUUUAUGGUGUCAUCCCUAUAUGAUCCUGCAAUCCAUUACCUUGAUAGCGAGCACCAAAAUCUCACUGGCUGCAAAAACACAGACCUUCAAACGAAGGUGAAAACGCCGGAAGUCUACAUAGUUGCGCGGUCGGGAAGUUCAGAUGUUGAACAACUCACAUACGUUGAUACACGUCUGGAAUGUUUGGAAGAACUAAGCACCGAUAUAAAGCCAUCCCAAGCCAUUUCAAAAGUUAAAGAAAGAUGAACUUAUUCGAGAACUGAAUGCCAGAGGAAUCUAUGAAGGGGAGUCAAAGAAAGAGCUUGAGAAGCUUUUGACAGAGGAACUCCACGGCGUUCAGAGAGUACCUGCUUUGCUUUACAACAACCCAACAGCUACCAUGGAAUCCAUCAACUGUGACAAGUAUGAAAUACUUAGUUUUGAACCCCUCCACGACAUAGGCAAACACAUUAAAAAUGUUCUAGCUGAACUCCCUUUUCAUCUCCCAGAAAAAGAAGCUGCUGCUGUGAAGGAGGUCAUCAAUUACUCCAUUGGUGGUAAGGAUACCAAGCGCACAUUUGAUUAUAGAUGUGCACUUAUUAUCCUUGCAAAACAUUCCUCAAAGAUAGUAACAUCCAACAUUGUCCAGCAACUAUUGACCACCUUGGUAGAAAUCCAAAGAAUUGCUUACAGUUCGGAAUCUGAGAAGACCCCCAAAUCAGUCCUGCGUCUUCACAACAUGACAUGGUACCAUGGGAUCUUGUGCAGAGAGGUGUUUGGUUUCAAGCUAAAGGAACUGACAACGCGCAAAUUGUACGGCAACUACUACCACAACAUCACCAGCCAUGCUGCUAUGCAGCAUCGACUAAUUAAUGGCAAAGCCUGUAAUGUUGAAGAGCAAGAACGGAUUUUCAACACCAUCACCAACAUCACAAAGUCAACAUCCUCCUACCACCCAAGUCACAUCAUUGGCAAUAUCUUCAUCCGACUGCAAGCUGAGAAACAGAUGCAAGCUUUUCAAGGCUCUUCUUCCUUGAAUCAGGAAACAUCUGUUUCUAAGCUUGCAGACUCCCUUUCACCAUACGGAAACACCAUCAUUUCUGGAGACCUUAUAAAGAAGCACAUAAGAUCAUGGCAAUCUCAUCUAGAAAGGAUUAGCGACUUCCUCUUACCUGGCAAAGGAAGCUGGUGGCUUGAAGAUGAAAGUGGAAAUGUGGAAUUCUUGGAUGGGGAAAAGGCAGCAAGCUCUCACACAGGAGGUCCUAUACUUCAUCAUUUUCGCUCGAGUAGUUUUACUAGAGAGGAAGAGUACCUUCAAAAGUGUUGGAAUGAAUGCUUAAAGAAUAGCGCAACCCUUCCUAUCAAAGAUAUUCGAGUUGAAGAUAGGCAUGGUCAGUUGAAGGUUAUAAGAAGAUCAUUGGAGGAGAUCAACACCACAAAUGGCAACAUCAGUGUUGGUAUUGAGGAACAAUCAGUUACAGGUAAUGCAGUCUCAAAUCAUACAAACAAUUUUAAUUAAGGAUCUCAAAAAAUUUCAACAUGGUUAAGGCCUAAAAAAAAUGCCUGCAUGUGGUUCCGGUUUCAUAUCGUGAAAAAAUUAGGGUCAGUAGGUCAGAAAUAAUUUUUUUUUUAAUAUUUUUUUCAUGGUUUUGGCGGUUUUUUGCUGGGCGAUUUGCAGUAGAGUCCCGACUAACCUCGUUCCCAGGCUCACAAGAGGGAAGAGCCUGGGAACGAGGUUGAGUCCCGACAUCAAUAUUAACUAGAGAUGCGUAUGGACGAAUUUACUAAUUUAGGCAAUUUGGUUCAAUAAUCAGUGUGACAACAGAUGCCAUUUUGGCACGCUGUAUGAGCAGCCCACAACCACCCGGAGAGAAUAAGGUUGCACAGUCAAUCGCGUUGAAAAAAUAAUAGGGUCGGCAGAAAGAAAUAGGGUCAGUCGGGAACCGGAACCACUAGUCCGAAGGAGCAGUACGGGCAACCUCGUACCCAUGGUCUUUCCUCUUGGGAGAAAAGACCCUGGUAGACGCUGCUCACGUGAUCUGCUAAAACCUAGCAGAUUUCUAAUUAACUACCUUGGAUUCCUUUACAACCAUCGUACAAAAUGCAAAUUAUAAAUUGACAAAAAAAAAAUCAUCCAAAUAUCAAAUAUUUAUUGACCUCAUCUUGGAUUGCUAAUUAAAAAUCUGCUAGAUUUUGGCUUAUCAUGUGACCAGCAUCUACCAGGGUCUGUUCUUCCCUCGCCAAGAAGAAAAACCCUGGGUACAGUACGAGGUUGCAGUACAUGCAGGCACCCUAGUACACCCAAGUUAAUAUUAUUUUAGUCUGUCUAAUACCAGAUGAGAUGAUUUUAAUAUUAAUGAAAGGAAAUGCCUCUUUAAUGUGUUAACUUGUCAAAUUACAAGAUCCUUUUUCACUAUAUAUGUUAAACCUAGCUUGUAUACCCAGGGUAUUUUCUCAGGGAGCAAAAUACCCUGGUAUGGACUGAUGACGUCACCCCCAGAUUUUAGGUAAAAUAUAUUUUUCCUAGUAGAAAUAUGCUAUUUUACUCAAAAUCUGGGGGUGACAUCAUCAUUGCAUGGUGUACUAGGGUAUUACGCUCCCCGAGAAAAUACCCUGGGUACGUGGUUGUAUAUGUUGAUGCUUUACAAUACAGGUUACCUGCCAGAAGAAUUUCCACAGCCAGAUAUUGUUGGAUUUGAGCUCCAUCCUGACGAGACCAUUAAUUUACCAUCCAUGUACCCUGAAGACAAUGAUCAACACAAAGAUGAAAUGACUGCAUUUAACCAUUCAACAAUCAAGAGCAACAUUGCAACUAAAAACACAUCAAUACCAUUUGGUAAUGAUACUGGUAUAUAUAUAUAUAUAUAUAUAUAUAUAUAUAUAUAUAUAUAUAUAUAUAUAUAUAUAUAUAUAUAUAUAUAUAUAUAUAUAUAUAUAUAUAUAUAUAUAUAUAUAUAUAUAAUAUAUAUGAAUAGGUUUUGAUUGUCAUGCCUGGAUUAUUUCUGACGGUUGGUUUAUUUUAAACCAAAAAAGGGACUUCUUCAGGCAAAUUGUGAGAUUAUUUAUUAAAUUCCUCAGACGUUUCGCCGGUUAAGGCUUCAUCAGUGAGUACAAUAAUCUGAAUAAUAAAAUCGUCCUCUAUAUAUACAUGCAUUUAUCGCUUGAUUGAGAAUACAACCAGUAUACAACCAGUUGUGCAAAAUCACAAAAGAAUGAUAAAUAAAUAAACACAAAGAAUAUAAAAUAAACACAAAAUAGAAACAAGCUAACAAAUUACCUGUUAUUUUUGACAUUACAGAUAGCACAGGCUGUUCAAGAGUUGAAAGUUCAGUUGUAUCAGAUCCUACAACAUUGGAGAAAACCAUUAAUAUUACUGGUACGUACUGUUCAAAACUGUUCAAAACUUAGGGUCUGUUUAUAGGCCUAUAAUCCUGCCUGGACAGGAUGUUGCCAUUGCGAUGAAGCCAUUUAAGUGCUUGACAUCAUAUUUUUGUUGCAAUAAAGGCAACAUGCAUGUUCAAAAGGGAAAAGUUCAUCCCACCUAGCCUGGAUGAAUUGUUUAUAUAGGAGUUUUUCAUCCCGGCUAGGCGGGAUGAAGUGUUUAUUUUCCAUCACGUUGAGGCGGCAUCUGUUGCCAAGAUCCCGUCUAGGCGGGAUAAAUGACAGGAUCAUAUAAACACUCUUUCGAAUUUGUAUUACGAGCAGGAUCUCGGUAAGCAUCCAGUCCCGCCUGGUGGGAUAAUCAGGCCCCCUUAUAAAUCUUGUCCAGGGCUUUACUUGUACACUUAUACACAAUGACUCUAUAGUCAUGAGUUAUUGAUAUAUUCACAACACACAGUUGUGCUACAUUUCUCAGAAAAAUAUAAAUACAUGUGUCUUAGAUUAUCAAGUCACAUGUACAUUAAUUUGUUACAGGUAGCACAAGCUGCUCAAGAGUUGCAGUUGUUGAAAAUCCUGGAACCGCAAUGCCAAAUUCUGGUACAAUGGGUAAUGACACAUGUGUGACAAAGUUAGGAAAAGGAAUUGAGUUUGUUCUUGGGAAGUCAGCUGAAGUUUUAGAAUUUGACAAAGUACGGCAGAAACAUAAGCAGUCACCUUCUGAUAAGUUCAUUCUUGGCAAGUUUAUGAAAAGGGUGGCUGUUAUGGAGGUCAAAAUUUCAAAGCAAGAACGCCUACUCCGUGCAGAACUUGGUCAAUGGGAAAACGAUUUUUACCCGAAAAACAACAAAGUUGCUACUCAAGAAGACAUAACAGCAUGUCUUCAUGCAAAAGCUCUUAGGAACAAGCUAAAAUAUGCUAAAGCUAUCCUGAUGAAAGUAAGGAACAAAAAAUAG